GUCACUUCCGGUCAGAUGAUGUUUGUUGACGGUAGAGGGAAGAUGGCGGCCCGGUGGAGCAGCGAGAAUGUGGUGGUGGAGUUUCGGGAUGCGCAGGCCACCGCCAUGUCUGUGGACUGUCUGGGCUCCAACGCUGUGCUGUCCGGGCGUCGGUUCCUCUACAUGGUGAACCUCGAGGCUCCUUCAGAACCGCCAAAGAAAAUCGGCCGUCACAGUAAAUGGGACGUUGGGACGGUCCAGUGGAACCCGCACAGAACCGAAGCCCACGUGUUCGCCGCCUCGAGUAACCAGCGGGUGGAUCUGUACUCAUGGAGGGACGGCUGUGGAGAAUCUCACACCUCCCUGCAGGGCCACACCAGGGUCAUCAGUGAUCUGGACUGGUCCUGGUUUGAGCCGGAGUUUCUGGUCACCAGCUCGGUGGACACGUACAUCUACAUCUGGGACACCAGAGACACUCGGAAGCCGACGGUGGCUCUGUCAGCUGUCGCCGGAGCGUCUCAGGUGAAGUGGAACCGGAAGAACCAGAACCUGCUGGCGUCCAGCCAUGAUGGAGACGUCCGGAUCUGGGACAAAAGAAAGCCGAACACGGCAGCAGAAUACGUCGCCGCUCAUCUCUCAAAGAUCCACGGACUCGACUGGCAUCCAGACAAUGAGUUCAUCCUGGCAACGUCCAGCCAGGACAACUCAGUGAGGUUCUGGGACUACCGACAGCCCAGGAAGUACCUGAACAUCUUGUCCUGUCAGGUUCCGGUGUGGAAGGCCAGGUACACGCCGUUCUCCAACGGUCUGGUCACAGUGAUGGUUCCUCAGCUAAGGAGGGAGAACAGUCUGCUGCUGUGGAGCACGUUGGACCUCAACAGUCCGGUUCACGCCUUCGUAGGACAUGAUGACGUCGUUCUGGAGUUCCAGUGGAGACCUCAGAAAGAAGGUUCUAAAGACUUCCAGCUGGUGACGUGGUCCAGAGACCAGACUCUGAGGAUCUGGAGAGUCGACCCUCAGCUGCAGAAGUUGUGUGUCAGCGACGUGGUGGAGGAGCUGAUGGACGGGAUGACGCUCACCGUGGAGACAGAGAAAUCUCUGACCAAUCAGGAGCCUGAAGGUCAACACUGUGGAGGAACCUCUGCAGAGAACCAGCAGGACCAGGACGGAUCUCGUCAGGAUUCUGGUCUGGCUCAGACGCUGCAGCAGGAGUUCUCAUUGGUCAACCUGCAGAUCAGGAACGUCAACGUGGAGAUGGACGCCGUGAACCGGAGCUGCGUGGUCUCGGCUCACUUCGGCAGCCAUCAGGUUCAUCUGGUGGUCAAGUUUCCGGCUCAGUAUCCGAACAAUGCCGCUCCCAGCUUCCAGUUCGUCUCGCCGACAACCAUCCCCUCCGCCAUGAAGACCAAGAUCCAGAAGAUCCUCAGAGAUACAUCUCUCAAGAAGGUGAAGAGGAACCAGAACUGCCUGGAGCCGUGUGUCCGACAGCUGGUGUCCUGUCUGGAGUCGGAUAUGACGCAGGAGGACAGUCCAGCCUCGGGGCCCUUCGUCCUGUCCAAUCCCGUCACUCCGGCGCUGCAGGCGUUUCCUCGGGUCACCAACACCUACGGAUCCUAUCAGGACGCCAACAUCCCGUUUCCUCGGACGUCCGGAGCUCGUUUCUGCGGCACCGGCUGUCUGGUCUACUUCACCCGACCAAUCACCAUGCACCGCUCUGUCCCACCCACAGAGCCCACGCCCAGGUCGCUGUCGGCGCUGUCGGCCUAUCACAGCGGAGUCCUGACUCCCAUGAAGAUGCGUUCAGAGUCUCAGAGCACCUUGAGGCUGUACAGUGGCAGCCCCACUCGGUCUGACAAGGACACCGUCUCCAUCUCGUCCUUCUACUACAAAGAACGGAAGCUCCCAAUCUCAGCCUCCCGCCGCUGGUCUGUCCAAACCCUCCAUGAUUGGCCGAAAUCCCGUCGCUUUAAGACGAAGCGAGAAGGAACCGACUACGGCAACCGUCCCAUCAAACUGGCCGGUAAAGUGAUCAUCCAGGAGAUCUCCUGCCUGCUGCCCGUCCACAAAUCUCUGGGAGAAAGCUACAUCCUGAACAUGAACGACAUCCAGGAAACAUGUCAGAAGAACGCAGCGGUGGCGCUAACGGUCGGACGGCGAGACGUGGCGAAGGUCUGGGCUCUGGCGUCUGCAGCCACCAGGCAGGACCUGAGUCCAGAUCCGGAUCCGGACACCGAGACUCCGUGGGCCAGACACCCGUUUGGACGCCACCUGCUGGAGACUCUAUUGGAUCAUUACAGUCACAUGAGCGAUGUCCAGACGCUUGCUAUGUUGUGCAGCGUGUUCAGAGCUCAGGCUCCGCCCCCUGACGGAUACUCCCUGUACGGACACCACCAAUCACGCUCCUCUGUGUUCCCUCCACACCACUCUCGAUACCCCAGCUACACCUCCAGCUCCAUCACCUCAGGUUCCUGCUCCAGCACCUCGGACUCCAUCACCACCACCACCUGGAACACAGGUAGAGACUCUGAACAUGGAAACCCCUGGGGGGAAUCCUCUCCCGAUGACUAUCGCUAUGGUACCCAGGGAUACACAGAUCCACGGGAACGUGAGCGAGAGCAGCACGACAUGAACAAGAGGCUGCUGGAUCCGGCCAACACGCUGCAGUUCGAUGACUUUAAGAAGUGUUACGGUGAAAUCUUGUACCGAUGGGGGCUCAGAGACAAAAGGGCCGACGUGCUGAAGUUCGCCUCCUGCCCUCCUGAACCUCACAAAGGCAUCGAGUUCGGGGUCUACUGCUGUCACUGUCGUAGUCAGGCUCGUGGGACUCAAUGCGCCGUCUGCAAACGCCUCACCUUCCAGUGCGCCAUCUGCCACGUGGCCGUCCGAGGAUCCUCCAACUUCUGCCUGAGCUGUGGUCACGGCGGACACACCAGCCACAUGAUGGACUGGUUUCGGCGGCAGGACGAGUGUCCGGCGGGUUGCGGCUGCCACUGUCUGCUGCAGAGCACCUUCUGAUGGACCUGCUGCUGCUGGGACUGGUCCUCCGUCAGCUGGAAGCCUCAAACCAAACCGCUGCUCUGCUGGACUUCAGUCCGUCCAACGCUUUCCUCUGCAGACCAGGAAUCUACUGUGGAGGUUCAUGUUCCCCAGCAGGCGUAAUGGAGGAAAACAUCUUUGUAAGGUUUGCAGUUUGUUGGAAAACUGGUUUUGAUAAAAGCAAAAUGCAGCAAAGUCCAGUAAAAUAAGCGACUAAAUGAUAAAUGAAGCUGUGAUUUAUUAACCUGUCACCUCAGCUUGUUUCCUGCAGCAGCUCACUGCCUUAGAAACGGGGUUUUGGGCCGAUCAGAGGAUUGGUGCUCAGAAGUGAGUGGUGAUAAACAGCUGGAGGCCUUUCAGAUGUGAUCACUGGACUGGAUGUUUCUGACGUGUGAACUCUUUCAGCUGUAAUGUAUGGAAUAAAAGUGUGUUUGACAUUAAA